UGUAAAUGACGUGCUGCAAAAUGGUCAUGUAUCCCGAGAUAUUCUGCCACAUCCCCACGGCUGCCACUGGUCGCCACUGCUACGGGGCAAGUCAUCGGCGACACCUAGAUGACCUGGUCGCCGCACUACUGCAUGAGCUCGUCAAUCGUGAUGCUCAUAAGCGGAGAGAAGAGCCCGCUCGAUCCUCGCCGAUCCUCACUCCCGUGUGGCCAUAUCACGUCGGCGCUUCUUCAUCACAUCAUAUCACCUAGUCAUCGCACGCUUCCCGCACCUCCAUCAAAACACAAUGCAGUCAUAUAUACUCUACCACAUUCUCCGCAAAACGGCCCCCAGCCCCUUGGCUUCGCCCGACACCAGUACCGCGAUCGUGUCAGAAUACGCCAGCGGAUCCGAUAUAGCGGCGGACACCUCUCCCGAUCCAGGCGAGUCCGUGCAGAACCCUGCCUCCUUUGCCUCGCCCUCCCGCCCCGAGUCCGAGUCCGCGCCACUGCCCCAUUCACGGCCUUCAGAGCCCCUGCCACCUCAGCCGACCUCGGACGCCGACGUGCUCGCCUCGCUCUCGAUCGCACCCACCCUCUCGGACACCGCCACCCGCAUGCAAACGGCGCUAGGACACGAGGGGGAGGCCGCGGCCGCCGCAUCCGCAACCUCGGAGCGAGCCGAGCACCGGAACGACGACUCAAACCCUCUCGCCGCGACCGGCGAAGCAAGCCGCCCGUCUCCGCACAGCGCGACCAUCGCCGACCUCACCGCCGCCAUGAAGGACGUGCAAGCGCACAUCGACGCGCAGACCCGCGCCGCCGCAUCCCAAGCGGCGUCUAUUGCCGCGCUGGCCGAGACGGCGCGCGCCAUGCGUACCUCACACGCCACUCUUGCCGAGGUACAGGCGAUGCGGCAGACGCUGGCCGCACUCGGGGUGACGCGGCUCCACACGUCGGCGGAGGCGCAGGGCGCCAUCGAGCUCCCUCUUGAGAACUCGGUGGGUGGGGCUGUGCGGCAUUUGCGUGCGGCGGCUGCGGCGCUCGAGGGCGCGGCGGUGCGCGAAGUUCACGCGCGAGAAGGCGAACUGGCCGCGGCGCGGGCGGAGUGGGAGAGCGAGAAAGAGAGGAUGGGUGGUGAGAUGCAGCGGAUGAACGAUCGGUGUGCACAGGCGGAAGGCCGUGCGCGCGCGCUCACGCGGGAGAGGGAGGAGAUGGUGGUCAAGUACCACGCGGAGCGGAGGCGGCUGGGCGACGAGGUGUUCGCGGCGAAGGAGGCGUUGUAUGCCGUGACGGGGAUGAUGUGCUCCACGUGCGCUAGGCGGUUUGAGGCGAAGCGCACACAGAGGUGGAAGAGAUGAAUGGCCAGGAUGCGCGUGCGCUGCAGUACUCUGUGGCGUGCCGUGAGAGAUCCUAAGUUGUUGACAGCCGCCACUUCUAAAACCCCACCUUGCCCCACCUACCCGCUACGAAACUCGAU